GACCGAGCAAGUUUGUGUGCUUGUGCUUGUGCUUAUGCUUAUGCUUGUGCUUGUGCUUAUGCUUGUGCUUGUGCUUAUGCUUGUGCUUGUGCUUGUGCUUGUGCUUGUGCUUGUGCUUGUGCUUGUGCUUGUGCUUGUGCUUGUACUUGUGCUUGUGCUUGUGUUUGUGCUUGUACUUGUACUUGUGCUUGUGCUUGUGCUUGUGCUUGUGCUUGUGCUUGUGCUUGUGCUUGUGCUUGUGCUUGUGCUUGUGCUUAUGCUACAACGAUCAAAUGACCAAGCCAGUGGAGCUGCCAUGGUCGAAGGAUCAAGCAAAUUGUGUAGCAAUAGAGCCGAAUGAGGGUGAAUGUGGCUAAGGGCCGAGUGAAGGUGAUGUUUGAAAGAUCUGUAAUAAUGAAACAGAUGCAAGUGAGACAACUUUCACAUAGAAAAUAAUGUAAAAUGAAGAGAGGUGAAGAAAUUUCCCUGAACCUAUGGUGGAUGUCCUUACUCAGCAAGAGUCAAGUGUCCUCUGUGUUGGGCAUUCAUUAAUCUCAAUGACAUGUUUUGCAUAAAGUUCAGUGACUCGA